AUGGAGGUGGCGCCGGAGUGGUCCUUGGCGGUGCCGCUGCUCUUCGCGGCCCUGGCCGUCCUCCUCGCCUCGGUCUUUGUGAAGCUGCGCUCCUCGGCAGGGGACCGAGGGGCCGAGGGGGCGGCGGCGAAGGCGAAGGCAGGAGGGGAGCCCCCGGCCACGGCUAACGCCGCCGCCGGCCGGGGAGGCGGAGGGGAGAGGAGCCAGGAGGAGGGCGCCCAGGGGCCUCCGGAAGCCGGAGCGGGCCGGGGAGGGAGGGGCGAGGGGGUCCCGGAGGAAGAGAUCGGGGCCGAGGAGGAGGAGGAGGAGGAGGAGGAGAAGGAGCAGCGCGGGGAGGAGGAGGAGGAGGAGGACGCCGCGCCUCGGACGGCGAGGGCAGAGCCGCGGAGCCCCCCUCCGGAGGCGAGGGCUCCCAGCCAGACCGCUUCUGCGGCUGGUGCUGCUGCGGCGGAGGGCGAAGAGCAGGAGGAGGAGGACGACGAGGACGAGGACGAGAGCAAGGAGGAAGACCAAGAAUCAGAAAUGGAGAAACUGGUGGUGAGGGAACCCGAGUCUGAAAAUGUAGAUGAACAAUUCUCCUUUAAAUAUAGUCCUGGAAAACUGAGGGGAAACCAGUACAAAACCCUGCUGACCAAAGAAGAACUUGAAGAGGAACAAAGGAUUCAGAGAGAGCAGCUGGCUGCCAUCUUCGGCCUCAUGAAGGAAAAAGCAGAGACAUUUGGAGAGAUGUCUGAAACUGAUAUCAAAGAACAGCUUAAGCUUUAUGACAUGUAAGCCACCCAAGCCAUGGCGCCGUUUCCUUUGUCCUUUGGUGUGCCGGAAGCUGCAGAGUACUUUAGGAUAAU